AAAAAAAUUCCACGCACGAGGUGAGAGAUGGGCGAGAUGUCGCCGGCGGCGGCGCCGCCGCUGGAAGACGAAAACCUUCUCUCCGAGAUCCUCCUCUGCCUCCCCCCGCUGCCGUCCUCCCUUCCCCGCGCAUCCGCCGUCUGCAAGCGCUGGCGCCUCCUCGUAUCAGACCCCGGCUUCGUGCGCCGCUUCCGCCGCCGCCACCGACGCAGCCCUCCCCUCCUCGGCUGCUUCGUCCUAGACCGGGGAGGCGUCUCCUUCACACCUACCAUGGAUUCCCCAGAUCGUGUCCCCGCCAGGCGCUUCUCCUUGCAGCUCGACGAGGGCAACCGCUUCUGUCUCCUCGGCUGCCGCAAUGGCCUUGUGCUCAUCUCCAACAAUUCACGGAAGCAAGUCCUGGUGUGGGACCCCGUCACCGGCGACCAGCACCACAUCUCCUUUCCCCCAUGGUUCGACACAUACCCGAUUCAUGGGGCGGUGCUUCGUGCUGCUGGCGAGGUGGACCACUUCCAGGUGGUCCUGGUACAGGUCAUAUGGGAUGAAGAGCAUUUGCGAGUGCUCGCCUGCGUUUACUCGUCAGAGACAGGCGGCUGGGGUAAUCUUAUCUUAAUACCAAUUCCAUCAUCGGUUUAUUGUGCGGGCAUGUCAGCCGUGUUGGUUGGAAAUUCCUUCUACUGGCGCCUUGCUGGGUGUUUUUGUGCUAUUCUCGAGUUUAAUUUGGAGAGGCAGAGUUUAUCUGUGAUACAAGUGCCAGUUGGCGAGGAGAGUAGCUUCACUGUUAUGCAGGCCGAGGGUGGUGGGCUAGGUUUACUCUCCGUGUCAGGCUUCACCGCCCAAUUAUGGAAGAGGAAGGUUGAUUGUGAUGGUCUUUCAUUAUGGGGGAUGGGAAGAACUAUUGAACUGGACAAGCUACUUUCCCUGAAUCCAGAGAAGAAGAGAGUGCCCCCGAGAAUACAUGGGCUUGCUGAGUACAAUAAUGUGGUGUUCCUGACUAGAGGUGAUGAAAGUGUCAUCAUGCUGCAGCUUGAGUCAUUGCAAUUCAAGAAAUUUCAUGGGAUUGGCAAAGGUUUUUAUCAUCAUCAAUUCGAAAGUGUCUAUUCUGCAGGCACCAGCAUUGGUGGUGGACAGGAUGGAGCUGAACUUUUGCACAAUAUUUUCUCGAAUACGCACGAGUGUGCGUAUCAUUCAUUAAAGAAGAAGCGGGAAGAAUCCCAAAUCCACAGUUACAACAUUAUUUACAUGCCGAGUUUACCCGACACCACCAUACAAGCCUAUCCGCUACUUCUGCACAAUACAUAAGAUGAUUGUUUGGGUAGAUAUGCUAUUAUGUUUUUUGGUUGAGCAGGUACCUAGAAUUGUGUUCCGGUUACUGAGAUGGAGGAAUGGGCUUGCUGUAGGUUCUUCCAGUUUGUAUGCUUCACGCCCCGGUCGAGCCUUUCGAUUGCAUGCACCAAUCAACCGGGAAGUGGACACAACAAUUAGUAGAUGUUAAUCCUUAAAUUCUCAAAAUUCUCUCUGUUGUUGUCUGGUCUCUGGACACAAUUAGCCGACUGGUAUGAGGGAAACACAGCGACUUGCUUCGGUUAAUUAGUAUUUGUGGUGCACCUGCUUUAUGCUUUCCAAGCAAGCACGUUGAAACAAGCUUGUCUGAUUGCAUUUGCUCAUGGUUUUGUGUAUCUGUUAAUCUCCGCACUGUUUUUGUUUGAUUAUGAUCCAUGUCGUAUCAAGACGGCGGGAGAUUCCAAUAUGUUGAAUUUUAA